ACUGAGGACUCGACAAUGGAGGCUACUUCAGUGGACACAACAGUGGUAACCAUCAGCUCAAAACCUACCCUGACAUCCACUGAUGUUUCAACAUCAGGAGAAACAAAGACAACUGAGACAAUGGAGUCUACAUCAGUGGACACAACAGUGACAACCAUCGGCUCAAAUCCUACCCUGACACCCACUGAUCCGUCAACAUCAGGAGAAACUAAGACAACUGAGACAAUGGAGUCUACAUCAGUGGACACAACAGUGACAACCAUCGGCUCAAAUCCUACCCUGACACCCACUGAUCCGUCAACAUCAGGAGAAACAAAGACAACUGAGACAAUGGAGUCUACAUCAGUGGACACAACAGUGACAACCAUCAGCUCAAAUCCUACUCUGACACCCACUGAUCCGUCAACAUCAGGAGAAACAAAGACAACAACUGAGGACUCAACAAUGGAGUCUACUUCAGUGGACACAACAGUGGGAACCAUCAGCUCAAAACCUACCCUGACAUCCACUGAUCAAUCAACAUCAGGAG